CAUUUAAUUUUUUGUUGUACAGGGACCGAGGCUGGGUGAGCGAGUACAUUUACGUCUGUAUUGUGUCUCGUACGGAUGCUAAUUGUCCAUCGGUUUAAACUUGGUUGUUUGGCUUUAGGGUUUUUUUUUUUACCAUGACUGAUUUUUGGUGCCACAGCUGCAACAAGGUGGUACAAAUAGACGCGGGGAUGAUAUGCCCAGAGUGUCAGAGUGAGUUUGUGGAGAUACUGGAGAGGCGCGAGCAGUCGCCCGACGAACAGGGAUCUUCCUCUUCUAACCCGUCAUUGCAGUAUCGAACUGUCGAAUUAAGGGACCUUUUUCCCUUGCAAGACGCGUCGUUGUACGAAGAACCGUCGCAGCAGUCCUCGCCGAAUAGCAACGGCACCCAGGGCAAUGGAAACGGCAACAGGCAGACCGUACUGUUGCCUUACUUCCUCCAGGGCCAGAACAUGAGGCAUAUACCCUUCAUGCUCCAAGUCAGGAUGGACAAUCCUCAGAAUUUCACGAAUGUAUUGAACCAACUGUUGGGCCAGCUCGCGGGGAGGCUGACGAACUUCGGCGAUUACGUGCCCGACAAUGCUUUACAGGCGAUUCUUGAUCAGCUUUACUUACAAUAUAGACCUCCAACGCAGCCGCGAACGAGCGACAAGGUUAUCGCCUCGCUGCCGGUCACCCGGCUGACCGCUGAGAACAUGAAGGACCACCCGGAGGAGUGCCCCGUGUGCAAGUGCAACUUCGAGAUCGGCGAGGAGUCCAAGGAAUUGCCCUGCACCCACCGAUACCAUGUGGCGUGCAUAGACAGGUGGCUGAUGUCGAGCAAUCUGUGUCCGUUGUGUAGAUACGAGCUGGAGAAAGAGGAGUCGGAUGGCCAGGCGGGAGGGAGUGACGCGAACCAAGAUGGAUCGUCUGGCGAGACGAGAGAACCUGAACAGCUGCCCGACACAGGAACGGCGGAGGGAGUUAUUCACAUUUCGGAUGACGAGUCCAGUACCAAUGAGAGAGCGGACGAGGACAAUUCGAAUCGAGGUCCUCGGGUGGGGGGAGGUUCUGCAUCCCCCGCUGAUCCAACGUCCGAAGAGCCUUCAACCGACUUGGAUUUGGACUGACGAAAAAAAAAAAAAAUUCUAUGUAAUCAAUGAUGUGUGU